CUUUUUUUUUUUCAUUUUGAGCUUCGUCGACAUGCCAUCUCUAGAGGAAGCCGAAACUUCAUCGUCGCCAAAUGCCUCCUUCAAAUGCCUUGGUCUCAUUGACCCUCUGCUGCAAGCAGUGGAACAGAUGAAAUUCACAACACCGACCGCCAUCCAGGUCCAAGCAUUACCACCAGCUCUCAAGGGACGAGAUAUCAUUGGUGUAGCUGCUACUGGCUCCGGAAAGACGGCAGCUUUUGCUCUGCCCAUUCUACAAAAACUCUGGGACGACCCCAAAGGCCUCUUCGCCUGUGUAAUAGCACCCACACGUGAACUUGCUUUCCAGAUAUCCGAACAGUUCGAAGCUCUGGGGUCAGCUAUGGGUGCUCGUUGUGCAGUUUUGAUUGGCGGGGUUGACACUAUAUCACAGUCUGUGGCUCUGGCAAAACGACCCCACAUCAUUGUUGCCACCCCUGGACGCUUGAGUUAUCAUUUGGAGAACACAAAGGGCUUUAACCUUAGAAGUCUUAAAUACCUGGUUUUGGACGAGGCAGACCGUCUCUUGGAUAUGGAUUUUGGCCCUGUAAUCGACAAAAUAUUGAGGGUCAUACCGAAAGAGAGAACGACAUACCUCUUUUCCGCCACAAUGACGACCAAAGUUGAGAAGCUGCAAAGGGCGAGUUUGCAGAAUCCUGUACGCGUUGAAGCAUCAUCAAAAUAUCAGACAGUCUCAACGCUGCUUCAAUAUUACUGCCUAAUGCCAUUGAAAGAUAAGGAUACAUAUCUCAUUUCUCUAGUGAACACCCAGUCACAAAAUUCAAUAAUUGUCUUUACACGGACAGUGCACGAUGCGGCUAGGGUCUCUAUUAUCCUUCGGACGCUUGGAUUCCCUGCGGUUCCUUUACAUGGAAAGCUUACCCAAAGUCAACGUCUUGGAGCGCUAGGGAAAUUCAAAAGUGGUGGACGCAGCAUCCUCGUAGCCACAGACGUUGCUAGCCGAGGGUUGGACAUUCCGUCCGUCGACAUCGUUAUCAAUUUUGAUAUUCCCACUCAUUCGAAAGAUUACAUCCACCGUGUUGGACGCACCGCUCGGGCUGGUCGUGCCGGCAAAGCGAUUACGCUAGUGACACAGUACGAUGUGGAACUACUGCAGCGUAUUGAGCAGGUGAUCGGGACCAAGAUGGAACUCUGGCCCACGGAUGCAGAAGAAAUAGCACUGCUCAAGGAGAGAGUUAAUGAAGCUGGAAGAGUUGCGAUCAGCGAACUCAAGGAACAAAGUUCAAAGGAUGGCGGGCGCAAGCGACGACGUGGUGGAGAGGGAUAUACUCGUGACGACGGAGAUAGGGAUGACGAUGUUAUGGAGGCUGGUAUACCUCAGCAGCAUAAAAAAAGUAAGCGGAGGUGAUAUCCAAUUAUAUGCUUUUCCCGUGUUGGCCUUUUGAUGUGCUCUAUCCUGUCGGUAUGUAUGUAUCGUUGUACCAUAAUUCAGUACCGAAUUUUUAAAUAUUUAAUUGGGAUGUGCUAGC